CUCUACUGUUUUCAGAGCGUGUGAGAACGUGCGGCCCUGAAAAGCUUCUUCUUCUGACUCUCUCUUUCCAUCACUGUUCCCUAAAGUGAACAUUCUCUCUCCUCUCCUCUCUCCUCUCUCCUCUCUUUCUCGUCUCUAGUCUUUCAGUCCUGGGAAAAGAAAGAAAGAGGUCUAGUCUCUUUCAGCUUAAACCAAACGGACACCGCCGGGAGGUCAAGCUAGGUUUUCUUUCUCUCUCCCAAGCUGCUGCAGUUACAGUAAAGGAAGUUUUUCAUCAGUGAAGCUUGAAGUGAUCCUGGAUAAUUUAGUUUCGUUGGCCCUGGGAAGCUCGAUUUGCACAGGAAUCUCCAAAAUCCUCUUACGUUGCACAAGAAGGUCGCUGGUUUGGAUUACUCGACCUCGUUUCAAUUCUUUGGAGUUCAUUGGAAGUGUUUUUACUUGGACGAAAUUUGAGUCUUCAUCCCCUGAAUUUCAGUGGAACUGGUGGAUUUUCCUUGUAAUUGGUUCCUUCCGGUGUUCGAAAGUGGUUCGGUUACUUGAUCGUAUAGGAGUUUCUGAUCUGGUUGGGACAACGAAAAGUUAUCAGAUCCUUAGAGGAGGAUCAGUUGGAAGUGGCGUGAUGGUUUGAAGCUCUUGAAGUCUCUUCCGUUAGUUUUUUUUUUUUUUUCAACUUUGAGCUCCGGACCUUUCGCUUUUUUAAGUUCGCAGAAAUGGCGAACUAAUUUAUACACUGUUCUCUAUCUUGCUCUAUGGUUUCAUGGAAAAUUUGUACAGACUUGAUCCCGCAAUUUCGUGCUCAGAAGAGAUCGCCGUAGUCGGAAAUGCCACUCCGGCUACGAGGUUCCACCGUCAAGUCGACAACCUACUUCAAUUUGAAGCGAGCGAGAACGAGAUUUGUGGAUCGGAGAUGUCCGAUCUGAUCAAAGCUCAGAUAGCCAAUCAUCCUCGUUAUCCUAACCUAGUGUCUGCUUACAUAGAAUGUCGAAAGGUCGGAGCACCACCAAAGUUGGCUUCGCUUCUUGAAGAAAUAGGUCGAGAAAAUCAUUCGAGUGGUGGCUGUAGUGAGAUCGGAGCGGAUCCAGAACUCGACGAGUUCAUGGAAUCGUAUUGCGAGGUUCUUCGUAGAUACAAACAAGAGCUGUCCAAACCUUUCGAUGAAGCGACGUCGUUCCUGAGCAAUAUCGAGACGCAGCUCAGUAAUCUCUGUAACGUAACGUCGACGGCUACGACGACGACCUCCGGGAAUUGUCACUCAGAUGAUACAGCUGUGACAUCUGAAGAGGAGCUAAGCUGUGGGGAGGUUGAAGCAUCAGAAAGCCAAGAAUCCUGCGGGCCACGCCCUGGUGACAAAGAGCUGAAAGAAAUGCUCCUGCGUAAGUACAGCGGCUAUCUUAGCAGUUUGAGGAAGGAAUUCUUGAAGAAGAGAAAGAAGGGGAAAUUGCCGAAAGAUGCAAGGAUGACACUACUCGACUGGUGGAACACACACUAUAGAUGGCCAUAUCCCACGGAAGAAGAGAAGAUGAAGCUUGCGGAGAUUACCGGACUUGAUCAAAAGCAGAUAAAUAAUUGGUUCAUCAAUCAGAGGAAGCGACACUGGAAACCAUCCGAGGACAUGAGGUUUGCUCUUAUGGAGGGCGUCAGUGGUACAGGUGGCGUUCAUUCCAUGUGUUUUAACAGAGGAGGAACAGGCAAUGAUGUUCUUUGAUUACUGUAACUUCCCCAAGUCUGCUAUCCCUAUUUGUUGCUAGUAUCCUUUAUUCUUCUUUCGCCAUACAUGUCUCUAUAUAUAUGUAACUUGCAAAUGUAUGUAUCCUUAGAUUUCAAUGGUGCUAUAACGACUCAUGGGAGGAUCAAAACUUCUCAUGAAUUUUAAAUGGCACGAAGUGUAAUAAGAAAGUUAUUCUGCACAUUUUCAAGUGUUGAAGAUUGAUGUCAGCUUCAUCCUUAAUAUAAUGAUGAUUCAUAAAGCUUCUUUCUGCA